AUAAUCAAGAAAUAUGAAAAUGAUAAUUAUCCCUUUACUAGGGAUUUGCAAUUGAUAGUCAAUUAUUUGGUUGUCUUAUAAAAUUACAAUUUCCUAUUUAUUCUGCAUCAUCACUAGUGCAAUUUCAGGAACCCAAAUUCAUUCAUUCCCAAUUCAAUCUUUUGUUUUUCUCAUCAAUUUCUUCUUUCUAUGCCCAUCUCCCCAUCAAUGGCAGUUGCCCACCUACUGAAAAGUGAAAACCCUUCUUCCUCUCUCUAAAAUUUCAUUUUUUUUUAUAUUACCCCACUAAUCUAAAUAUUUAUUUACAAAAAUAUCUAAAAACCCAAUUUUAUCUUUGUCAAAAUUUAUUUAUAACUUGAUAAACCCUGUAAAUUUUGUUGUAUAGUGAUUUAGUAAUUUGUAUGAGUGAGAAAUGAUUGGAAGAAGGCAUGCGAUGAGCUGGAGAAGAGUUGCAAAGUCGUUACAAGGAUUGGCGGCUCAUGGCUUGUUAUUCACUUUCACCCUCUUGCUUGUUCUUAAGCUUGAGCAUGUCGCUUCCUACUCUUGGUGGGUUGUCUUUUUGCCGAUAUGGCUGUUUCAUGCUGUUGUUGCCCGUGGAAGAUUCUCCUUACCUGCCCCUUCCGUUCCACACGAUCGUCAUUGGGCACCUUGUCAUGCUGUUGUUGCAACCCCAUUGAUCGUUGCGUUUGAAUUGCUUCUAUGUGUAUACCUUGAGAGCCUUUCUGUUUAUGGUGUGGCUGCUGUGAGCUUGAAGAUUGUUUUCUUUCCCUUGUUGGCUUUUGAAACAGUUAUUUUGAUUGACAAUUUCAGAAUGUGCAGGGCUCUAAUGCCUGGAGAUGAAGAAAGCUUGAGUGAUGAAGCAAUAUGGGAGACACUUCCACAUUUCUGGGUCGCAAUCUCUAUGGUUUUCUUUCUUGCUGCUACACUAUUUACCCUUUUAAAACUCUCUGGAGUUGGUGUGAAAGGAAAUCAAGAAGAAGGUGACAUUGGUGCUCUGGGAUGGUGGGACUUGUUUAUCAAUUUUGGUAUUGCGGAGUGCUUUGCCUUUCUUGUUUGUACAAAAUGGUCAAAUCCCAUGAUACAUAGGAGUUCAUGCACUGUGGAGAAUGCUGCUUCUUCAAGUAGUGUUAGCUACCUUGACUGGACUAGUGGCUUAGUCGUUUUCCAAGAAGAAGAUCAGAACCAUGAGAGCCUGUGUGGUCUGCCCGACAUUGGUGGCCAUAUCAUGAAAAUACCAAUUAUCAUUUUCCAAGUGCUUCUUUGUAUGCGUUUAGAGGGAUCUCCUGCAGCUGCUAAAAAAAUCCCUAUUCCCGUUCUUUUUUCUCCUUUGUUCCUUCUGCAAGGUGUCGGGGUUUUAUUUGCCAUGUCCCGACUGGUGGAAAAAAUUGUUCUCUUGUUCCACACUGAUGCUGGACAAGGGCGGUAUUUUACCUUCUCCGAAAAACUUUGUGACUGUCUUGCAUUUAUGCACCAUGGUUCAAGACUGCUUGGCUGGUGGUCUAUUGACGAGGGAAGCCGAGAGGAACAAGCACAGCUUUUGCAUGAAGAGGCAUCUGGGUACAACACCUUCUGCAGUUAUCCACCUGAGAUCGUGAAAAAAAUGCCAAAGAAGGAUCUGGCUGAGGAGGUUUGGAGACUGCAGGCAGCUCUUGGUGAGCAGACGGAAAUAACCAAAUAUAGCAAACAGGAGUAUGAAAGACUACAAAAUGAAAAAGUUCUUUGUCGAGUAUGCUUCGAGAGAGAUAUCAGCAUUGUGCUGCUUCCCUGUAGGCAUCGGAUCUUGUGCAGUAUCUGCAGCGAUAAGUGCCAGAGAUGUCCAGUUUGUCGGGUCUGUGUUGAUGAAAGAUUAGCUGUAUAUGAUGUAUAGUUACAGUAUAGUGUUGAUGAUUGUGAAAUUCUCACCAAAAGUCCCUUUUUUUACUUCAUACUGGUGCUUGCCGCUCCAUGUUCUGUAACUAACAUGUCAUAAAUUAGGUUAAAAUUAGAGCAAAAGCAGCCUGUUCAAGCUUUGUAAUUUGAGUUCAAUGAUGUAAAUAUAAUGCUAUCACAUGUUCUUCACCUAACAUAUACUCUCUUUAAGGUUAAAUGUCAAUACCUUAGUCUGUUCUCUA